AUGUCCGAAGCCGCGGAAUUUGACCGGCUGCAUGGAAUCGGGACGAAAGAGGAGCAUUCCAUCUUCACCGACCGGGAUCCUGCAACUAGCAUUAAGGGUUGCGGGUUCAAGGAUCGAUCCACAGCUCUGCAGACGCUGCUGCUGAUUGAACAGCCUGGGUCACGCUACAAGCAGUAUUGGACGGUCCGAGCAAUGCUGGAAAGGGCGAAACGUCACCCAGUGGUGGUAGCUGCCGCAAGUUUGGCUGCUACAGGCGCAUCAGAACAAGAGUCCACAUCGUCGAGUUCUGCCAAGGACAUGCUAGAAGCCAUACGCGUUUUCGAGGAGUGGUUGAAGACUCGCGACAAGGAGGUUGACAAUGGAAAUCACAAGGUGGAUGGAGCGCCGAUGGUCGAGUAUCGGGUGACUCCCGGACUGGAAACCAACUGUUCGUCCAAGCGCCUUUCAAAUUCCACCGAAAUGGCGCAGCGAAGUCGUUUCGCAUCGUGCAAGAUCCUGAAUCGCCGUGGUGGCACAGCCGAGCAGGAACGGCUGCACGGGCCCGAGAUGCAGAGGCAGCUGCGCCAAGACCAAGCCGAAGGGAAGAGAGCCGUGCGAAGUGGAGCCGCAGGAGGCAUGUCCCAGGCAAGUGGGCCUUCCCCCUGGUUUUCGCUGCCAGGUCCAGCAUUCUCCAGCAUGUUCGGAGGCCCCGGCAUUCAUGGAUACGGACGGCUGCACGAGUGUGGAGGAGCAGCGGUCGGCGGCGGUUGCAGAACAGCCGAGCCCAUCACGAAGCUUCGCGUAUCCGUGAGGGCCACACAGGACCCGCCGCAAGGGCAGAGUGCACAACGAGAAGCCCGCAGGCUGGCGAGCGCCCACUGGCUCGAAGACUUGCAGCGGCAAGUUGGCGUGCUGCGGCAUCGCCUCAUUGAGGCGGAGAGGUCGAGAAAUCCGGAUAUUUUGAGGGAUCCAGGCGGUAUAUCAGCUUUGGGCUUGGGCGCCAAGCCUUUCGACGCUUGGGGCAGCUUUGAGCUCGAAUACGACGUACUCUCCGAAAGGGCCAGGUUUUCGUCAUGGGAGAGGAAAAGAUCCUCGUCGAGUCCGGCGAAUGGUGCACAGCAGUCUGUCCUCGAUUUUUUCGCGAAGAGGCGAAAAACGGAAAGUGUGGAAAUGUUACUUGUUAGUGCGAACCCACAGGGCGCCGCAGACGGGGCGGCCGAUUCCUCACAGCCAAAGGGGACCAUAAGUGAAGAAGUGGUGGUGCUUUCAGAUUGA